CCACACGAAAAAGGAUUAGAAUCCUGGAGCAUCUCUAUCUUCUCUGCAUCCCUUGCAUCACUCACCAUUCUCUUUCUCAAUUCAUAUAAAAUGUCGUCACUUUUUUCCUCCUUCAGGGUCUUGGUCCCUCAGAGGAGGCACAAUGGAAAUGUCCGUUUCUUGAUUUUCGUUCACUCCAAAAGAAAAAUUACCUUCCCUCCAUCCCAAAUCUCUUCUUCCUUGAACGAUGAUUCAGUUUCACCGCCUCCCAAUUCAAACCAGUCCGGUUAUGAUCCUUCAGAGGACCUCUUUGGCCUUACAGCCGAUUUACAGCCAAGGAAUAUUAUUUCUGGUGCACCCAAGCCAAGAUCCUGGUUUGGUCCUAACGGCCAGUACAUCAGAGAGUUACCUUGCCCAAGUUGCAGGGGAAGGGGUUAUACUCCAUGUACAGAAUGUGGAAUAGAGAGAUCUAGAUUAGAUUGUACAGAGUGUAAUGGAAAGGGUAUAAGGACUUGUCAUCAGUGCUUUGGAGAUUGUGUUAUAUGGGAAGAGGCAAUUGAUGAACAGCCUUGGGAGAAAGCCCGCUCGAGUUCUCCCUUUAAAGUAAAGGAAGAUGAUGAAGUAGACAACCUAGAAAUAAAUCUGGAUGUGAAGCAAAAAUCAAAGCGUGUAUACCAAUCUCCAUCUCCUGAAGUUGGUUUAAAGAUAAGCAGAUCAUUAAAAAGCCUCAAUGCCAGAACUGGACUCUUUAGUAAGAGAAUGAAGAUUAUUCAUCGCAAUCCUAUGCUUCAUGCACAAAGAGUGGCUGCAAUUAAGAAAGCUAAAGGGACUGCUAUUGCAAGGAAGCAUGCUUCUGAAACUAUGAAAGCUUUCUUUCGUGAUCCAGAGAACCGUCGUAGGAGAAGCAUUGCCAUGAAAGGAGUAAAAUUUUAUUGUAGAAAUUGUGGACGUGAAGGGCAUAGAAGGCACUACUGCCCAGAACUUCUGGAUAACUUGAUUGGCAGACGGUUCAGAUGCCAGUUAUGUGGGGAGAAGGGGCAUAACAAAAGAACCUGUUGGAAGUCGAAAACAAAUGAAUCGAAAAACAAUGUCCCAAGGCAUCACUGUUGCAAGAUAUGUGGUCAAAGCGGUCAUAAUCGCAGGACAUGUCCCCAGCUACAAGGCAAGAGUGUAAAAUUAGAUAUUGUUGAUAGAUGGAAAGGUCUUGUUGCCUCUAAAAGUAGGACCUAUUCCUGCCGGCUUUGCCAUGAAAAAGGGCACAAUAUUAGGACAUGUCCUAGUAGAAAGACGGAACACAUUCAACAAUGUAUCCCAAAACAUUAGGAAGCUAGAGGCAUUUGGUGUCCCCUCUAGUCAAGAAUUUGAGCCUCACAAUGACCAGCCAAUAAGCGUUUCCCUCUAGGCGCCUUCGUUCAUAGUUCAAUAUUCUGAUGCCCUAGGCGUAGACUGUUGAGGAACCACACCAAUCCAUCUUGAACUCGUUGGUUAAACACUACUGCUUUGAUGAUGCUGUAGGGGUAACGCGACACCAGGGUGAUAAAAAGCUCAACAACUCUCAUUCUUGUAUUUUUUUUUUGUAAAAAUUUAAAUGAAAAUGUUCAUUUGACAUUGAUUGUUGAAUGUGAUUCAAAAUUUUGAUUCUA